UUUCCCCCUUCCCAGAUGAUGAGAAGGCUGCUGAGCGCGCUGCACUCCGCCGUGCGUUUCCCCCCAAAGUGCCCAAAGCACUGAUCCAAACCUGACCGAGCCGCGGCCGGUGUGCGUCUGCUCCCCAAACACCCCCAGCCUCUGACCGCUAUUCUGUGGCGAUGGAGCCGUAACCAAGCCCCGCUGUGUUUAAUUGAACCAAGUGGGUGAAAUAGCAGCGAAUACAAGGAGGAGACCACAGGAGACCUAAGCGGCUAUGGAGGAGAAGCGCAGGGAGGCUGGAGUCUAGACGCGGAUAACAGGGCUGCACGCAAAAUCGAUAGACCGGCUGUCCGGAUUACCUUUGCCAUUGUCAAACAGUAUUAUUGUUAUUGUUAAAAUUAGAAAAGGGGUUGACUGAUCGUUUAUCGUUGCACGGCAAGGAUGCAGGGAAAGGAUCGGGCGAGGUUUUGCACGGGAUGCUGCUGGAGACUAAUGCUGCUGUCGUGCGUCCUGGCUUUGCACUUGAUCCCGCUGGUUGUCCACGGAAACGCUGUUGGGACCAACGCCACUGACAGCGCGUCCAAUGUCACCUCUCUGCUCGGCGAGGAGGAGGGGCCCGUCAAGGUCACCGAGGCUGUCGUCGCGGUAACCGGGGUGAGCGGCUCCGCCCGUCCCGACACGGCCGAUUCCGUGACCGUGAGGGCGGGCCGCAUCCCCCGCGCCGGCGAGGAGGACGAGCAGAGCAGUGGCAUGUUCGGAGAAACGGUGGUUUCCGCGGCGGAGGAAGUGGGCGUGGCGGCUCCGCCCCAAAUCAGCCCUGAUUCGGCCGAGACGGAGCACCUGCUGCCUAGCAACCCGCGCAGACAGGAGGUGAUGGAAGGAGAGGAGGAGGAAGAGGAGGAUCGCCUGCCGCACACUGACCCACCUUGGAUCAACGCCAAGGACACGGCCGUGUUUGACCUGGACCGCCUCUCCACCACCACGACCGCGCCCUCCGCUAACCCCUCCCAUCCCGACGUCCUCCACGUGGACUUCUUUGACCCCUCCUCCCGUGGGCGUGGCCUGGACCUGGCCCCGCCUUCUCCCUCCUCACUGGCUCAUGAGCUGCAGGGCGGCGACCCGACCUCCUGGGCCAUGCCAGAUAGCUACGACUACCUCACGCCCUACGAGGACGGCGUGUCCCCCACUGCCGACGAGUACACGUACAGCACCACGACCGACACCUACGAGAGCGACGAGGACCUGCGGCUGGCGGGCGGCUCCCCGCCCCGCUCCAGGCCACGCCCCCCAGGCUCCGGUUCCUUCGGCCCGGACGUGCCGCUGACUGGCGGGGGAGUCUCGGCUCCGGACGGCCCUGCGGCGGCUCCUCCCCCGGCCUCGCCCGUGGACGGGUCUGACGGGAUGGGCGGCUGCCGCACGGGCUACCAGAUGGUGAACGGAAGCUGCCGCUCGCCCUGCGACACGCUGCCCAACUACUGCUUCAACGGAGGACAGUGCUACAUGCUGGAGGGCUCGGUCUACUGCAGGUGUAACGUCCAGGAUUACAUCUGGCAUAAGGGCGCUCGCUGCGAGUCGGUGGUGACUGAGUUCCAGGUGAUGUGUCUGGCCGUGGGCGCCUCGGCUCUGGUGGUCCUGCUGCUCUUCAUGAUCAUCGUCUGCUUCGCCAAGAAGCUCCACGUGCUCAAGACGGAGAACAACAGGCUGCGCAAGCGCAGUAAGUACCGGCCUUCAUCGGAGCAGCACAAUGAUAAUUUCUCGCUGUCCACCAUCGCUGAGGGCUCCCACCCAAAUGUAAGGAAACUGUGCGACACCCCUCCUAACGUCCCCCAUGCCCGUGCAUUGGCUUACUAUGAUAACAUUAUCUGUCAGGAUGAUCCUAAUUCCCAGAACAAGCUGGAGGACCCGGUGAAGGCUCCGCCCAAGGAGGACGACUCCCUCAACAUCCACAACUCCCUGACCCCCAAACACGAGAACCACAAGGUCCUGGGCGAGGAGAACUCCUCGGAGGUAAACUCACUGCAGAACAACAUGAUGUAAAACAAAACAACACGACAACAAAACAGCAAACAACCCAACACAACGACACCGAAACGACGAGGCGUGCCGGCGAUGGGAGCCUGAAACCCCUCCCAGCUGUCUGAGUGCACCUAACCGGUCAACCAACAACCAACCAACCAACCAACCAACAACCGACCAGCCUGCCAGCCAGAAAACCAGCCAACCAGUCCAGUCUACAACCGUCUCCGAAACGGCAACACUGCCACCAAGCGGCCCAGGUCGCUGCAAAAAAAAGAAAAGGAAAAAAAAAAAAACUUACACCACCAACAUCACUGUCACCGCCACCACCGCCCCAGCUGAGAGUAAACCCCGCCCCCGUCCCGCCGUCGCCUAGCAACCCCCUUACAUCCACUCACACCCCUGCCUCGCAGCCCCGCCCCCCUUGUUGCUGUCACUCUACUUUUCCUGAUCUCCCUUACCUGCACACACACACACACACAAAUACACACACACACACACUGACAUGUAUAUGAACAUAGGCAGCAUACGCAUACAGUAAAUAAAAGAUAACCUACUUGAACAUAUACACAUUUACCUAUACACACACACACGCACACACACACCCUCCCCUGCCUGCAUUGGUGUAUUUUGUAAAAAUCAUACAGAAGUUUAAAAAAAAUGAAGUUAAACAUCAUUGUAAAAAAAAAAGAAGAUAAAGCUACUGAGAGGUUUUGAUGUUUGUCUGACUAAUCCAGUGAGUAUGUAUAAAUAUCGGAAAAAAAAUUUGCUUGGAUUGAUUUAAAAGAAGCUACACAAUGUGUCUUGGUUUUCAUUGAUGUGAUUUCUAAUCCUUUGAUGUACUUGUUUUAUUUUGUACUUUUUUGGGACUUCGAACAGAGAAAAAAAAGAGAUUUAGACAGUUGUUGAAAUAAACCUUUUUAACAUGA